GACAGCUCAGAGACGGAACUCCAACAUGGCGGUGUGCAUAUCAGUGAUAGCUAAAGAGAACUACCCGCUGUACAUCCGCAGUGUGCCCACCCAGAACGAGCUGAAGUUCCACUACACCGUGCACACCUCCCUGGAUGUGGUGGAGGAGAAGAUCUCAGCUGUGGGCAAGUCCCUGGGAGACCAGAGGGAGCUGUACCUGGGGCUGCUCUACCCCACGGAAGACUACAAAGUAUAUGGAUAUGUAACAAACUCCAAGGUGAAAUUUGUUAUCGUUGUGGACUCAUCAAAUACAUCAUUGCGGGACAAUGAAAUAAGAAGUAUGUUCAGAAAAUUGCACAACUCUUUCACCGAUGUAAUGUGCAACCCGUUUCACAAUCCUGGGGACACCAUUCAGUCCAAGGUCUUCGAUGGAAUUGUUUCAGGAAUGAUGGUGCCAACUGGCUGACGGCCCUUCCAACCCUUUCUGCUCUGUACAUAAUACCCCCCCCCCUCUUUUUCCUCCAAAUUUGAAAUGUAUAACUAUUAAAUGUUGUUGUUGCACAUCA